AUGUUAAAGGUAUGCAGGGGGCGGUUUUCGGCUGUAGCCCCUUCAAAAGUGAAUGGACAAUCGAAAGCAGCAUACUACACCAAUGUCGCAUGGGAGGGAAUUCGUCACGUAUACCACGGUUUUCGAUUGUUUUUCCUAAACACGCGGUUGGCUUGGAAAUAUUCCCGGCAACUGAGGGCAGGUGUCGCUCUUACCCGCCGGGAGCGACAACUAUUGGAAGGCGCUACAAAAGAUCUGCUUCGACUUGUCCCUUUUAGUUUCUUCAUUGUGGUCCCGUUUGCGGAGCUUUUGCUCCCGGUUGCGUUAAAAAUGUUUCCUGAUUUGAUUCCCUCAACUUUUGAGACAGAGAGCCAAGGCCGUAACCGAGCCUUUUCAACUGCGAUGGGGACUCUGCGUGCACGACAACGCGUGAUGGAGUAUUUGACGACUACAGCAUUCGUUAGCUUUACAAAGGAGCAACAAGAGGUGGUGCGCAACUGUGCUACGGGAGAAGCUCUAAAUGCAGCUCAAAUACGAUUGAUAGCUCCUCACUUUGGUCGUGAUGGACCACUUAGUGUUUACAGUAUUCCAGACAAUAUUGCAUUAGGGUUGGCGAGAAAGGUUGGCGUGUUCAAGACCUAUCAUGGCUUUUUCCCGAGCAAAGUCAUGGCCCCUUACAUGCGACGAAAGAUUAUUCGUCACUAUCAUAAUACUCGUGAGGACGACCGUUUACUGCGACUUGAGGGGCUUGAUGAUUUGACCCGUGAAGAAUUGAUCAAGGCGAAUAUUGUAAGGGGGAUGCGGUGGUCAGAGGACGCCGAAACGCUCCGCAUUCAAUUGGAAUGGUGGAUCUCACUUGGCCGGGACCCUGAUGUUCCGUACAACACUCUGUUCUGGGUUAAGCCUACCCGAUACAGUCUAAAAGAUUCUAUGAAGCGGUUGCCUGUUGAGCAGCGUCGCCAGUUGCUAGGUAUUCAGUCUUUCCCUGAGAGUAUCCGUGGAAACCUUGAGACACUCUGUGAGACGGUUGAUACAGCUCCUGCCUUGAGUGAGGAUGUGAGGGAUGCUGACCAGAUUGUGGAGAAGCUUGAAGAUGUAAGUGCCAGGGCGAAAAACAGCGACAAGGAUAUAGCUAUUCAGGACAUCCAAAUUUCUCUAGGCGCGUAUUUGACGGAGGCGAAUGUGAAGAUGAUGUUUGAACGAAUUCGCAAGGAUAAAACAGCGACUGAAAAUGUGACGGUGGCAGAUACCAUUGACUUCAUUGGAAAUGAAACACACAAUUCAUCGCAUGUAGUGUCUACCGUGUUUGACGCAUUCGAUCAGGGUAGUGGGACGAAACCUAUCACAGAGGCUACACUUGUUUCCAUUGGAGCUCGUUGUAGAGAAGCCUCAAAACUGCAUACUGAAGACAAACCUCAAUUGCCGCCAGUUGAAUCACCGUCGGAUGUGAAUAAACACAAAUAA